AUGGCUGGUGGAGAGUGCCUUGAGUACCCCGCCAGUGAUUUCACAGAGAACCUCCACGUAGCUUUGCCGCAACCUAGCCGGGCCCAUGAGGUUGAGGGUGGGCAGCGGCUUCUCAACCUGGUGCCUGCACCCACCUGGGAGUGUGGCAGAAGAACAGCGCGCGUUUGGGAAGCUGGGUAUGCAUUGUCCCCAGCCACUGAGAAUUGGGCGCGGCACGUGCGAGAGGCACACCGCACCCGCCCCGCUUUAGCAGUCGGGUUCGUGGGUGCUACAUCUGCUGGAAAGAGUUGGCUUGUCAGCAAACUGCAAAGUGAUGGUGCUGCUCAGCCAGCCAGACUCGAGCAGAGUUUUGUUGGAGGGGUGGACUUGCAAUCUAUGACUUCGGACAUCAAUUUGUACAUGGAUCCCGUUGACCAUCUAUACUACGUGGACUUUGAGGGGACCUUUGGCACCCUUCCAUUGCAAUACUAUGCUGCGGACAUGGCGAAGGUAGUGCAAAGAUGUGCUGACGUGAUGUCUUGGGAGUCUAAGAGACGGCAGGUGCUCAAAGAAUCUUUUCAACCAGCUGUGGCAUACCUCAUGUGCGAUGUUGUAGUGUUUCUGACGCGGGAGAAGCUCGUUUGCCGCAGGGCAUUGGAGGAGUGUGAGCAAUUUGCUCGUGCGGCCAAUGCUCGAGUUACCAAUGCGCUGCCACCCGCCUUAAUCAUUGUGCAGAACUGCUGUAGGCCCAGUGAAGGUAUUUUUGAUCCAGAGAAAUGCACUGAUGCCUUCCGCAAGGCACAUUUCAGUGGUGGGCGCUGGAACUAUGAUGACCCCGUGCAAGAUUCCUCUCCAGCAGCCAGCUCUGCUGUUGCGCAGUGGGCUGAGUACUUCAGGAGCAUUGAUUGCUUCUGUCUUCCAGAUGAGUACACCUUCUGCAAGAGGAGUGGGUUUGAUGGUGAGGAAGUUUGUGCGGAAGCCAUUAUGAAGCUCAAAGCCAAGCUUCGAGAAAGACUUAAUGAGGGCUUGCCUGCUCGAACAGAGAAUGGGAUAAGUCUUUCACAAUUUCAGUGGUUUUCGGCACUCUCUACUUUGUGCAGCAUCAUCAAUGACCAGGAAACUGUGGCAAUGUCUGCGAUCUAUAUCCAUGCCGGUGCUGUGGCUGGUGGCGUGAACGAGCUGAAGUCGGUCCUUCUCCAGUUAAUGCAUCCAAUGAAGCGGCAAGAGGCCUUUGACCCUGAAGACUUUCACCGGAGGUUGUUGGUUGCAGUGGGCAUUGUUGCCCGCUUUGUUGUGCGACAUGAUCUUUCAGAAGAUGACGCAUCCCAGGUUGUGAAGUACGUCAUCUCUUUGUUUCCCUGCGGUGCUGUGGCCCCACCCUUUGUUGAAAGGGCUGAUGGCAGCAAACUGCCGGUGGUGUGUGGUCAGAAUCAGCUCUUUCAUCAGGGCUUGCAUCGCUCCAACGCCUUGGUUCGAACCGUUGAUGCUGGCUGGCUGCAGCACAUCAGCGAAUGGCUCCAAGGAGGUGUCACCUACGCGUGGCCAGGGGAGUUCACUUGCAGCGAAAGCCUGGCACAGGCAUCCAACCAAGCCGUCCUAGCUGCGUCCGUCCUAGAACAGGUGGAAGAAUACAAAGUGGAGAAGUGUUUGGAGGGUUUGGCACCAAAAGUUGGAACUCCAUGGGUGCUCAAGGCUCACAGCAGCUUCAGCUCCAGUGGUCUCAAGGUGGUCCAAGACACUUCUCGCUUGUGCAUCAUUUGUACUGAUCCUGGCUCUGAGAGCGGCGGCUUUUGGAAGCUUUGGUCCUCGUCGGCAAAUGACCAGCUGCCAGUGUGUGUCCACUGUUACAAAAUAAUGGAGAUCAAUUCCUUGUGCAAGGGCGGUACAGUGGAGCCGAUGGUGAGCACAAAUAUGACCAGAGAAGGCAAAGGCGCUGGCGAUGGAGCAAAGGCCACUGGGAAAUCUGGAAACUUUUUUGGUGGCGGUGGCUAUGCAUCCUUUGGCGACUACAUGGUGGACAAAAAUCGGAAGCUCAAAGAGCAAUUCGCUUCCGCUGCUGAAGCAGGAAGUGCAGGUAGUGCCACAAAGACGGCAAUUUUCCAGGGCCUCAGCUUUUGGAUGACCGGCCGUACAUGCCUGCCAGACCAAGAGUUGAAACGCAUCAUCGUUGAACAUGGUGGAGUCUAUGAGCAAUAUGGCUUCACUCAUGUGACUCAUGUCAUUGCGGACAACUUGGCUUCUGGGAACCAGACCUGGGCACAGCUGAAGCGACGCACCAAGCGGGUGAAUGUAGUCACUUCCUCUUGGGUUAUGGAUUGCGUGAAAGAGGGCCGACGCAUUCCUGAGCUGCGCUACAUGCCUGCUUGCCUGUCGACACCGUCAUCAAUGCUCUCCUUUAUGGACCGUAAACAGGUGGUGAAGGAAGAAGAGGCCACACCGGAGAGUCGCACCGGGGACUCCACAAAUCGAGUAGAUCCAUCGCCAAGCACGGAGCCUGUUGAAAAGAAGAGGGCCACGGCUGCAGAGGAGAAACUCAGCCAACCUUGCAAGAAAUCAAGACAAUCUCAUGGCGAAAUGCAGGCAUUCGACGGUGAGCCGGGGAGGAGUUCUUUCACAUUCCAGGUCCACACUCCCUGCGCUGAAGGCUUGGCUGAUGGUUUCCCACAACUUCUGGAGAUUUUAACCAAUCUUGCUGAAAGCUCCGCGCAGCUACUCCGCCAGCAAAGUUGCUGCACCACUGCAGUCGGGCUUUGUCUCACCAUGGGAGAUGCUGCAGCUGAAUGGAGCGGUGCCAGUAACUUGGCGCGUGCUACCAGCUCCAGCGAAAUUCUGCCUGUAUUGAAGUCGUUGGCUCUCCGAGCUUCUGCAGCUUUGGCCCUCGAAUCCGUUGGCUACAAGACCCUGCGCAACGUGGAAGCCCGACUGCACUGUGAUCGAUCCGGAGUGUCCCUCUUGGGACCGUCGGCGGGUGACAUCCCAAGCGAUGGAGAGAAGGGCUACGAAGAGGAAAAGGUUAAGGAGAUGGCAGAUGAUAUUGACUUCACACCUCCUCCAGAAAAGCGGGCAGCAACUCGAAGUAAUGAUGUCCCGAAUGUUGAUUUGAGUGUGGCAGAGGUGCGGUACAUUCAGGCUCAAAGCUGCAGCCCAGAGCUGGGAGAUGAGGAAGGCCACCGCAAAGCAGAAGAGAUGGAAGAGAGUGAAGUAAGAGAAAUGAGGGAGGUGAAGAAAGAUGAAAAAGUGAACUUCAGGGACAAACUCGACGAACUGGAGAACGUGGAUAACACAAGUCACGCUCAAGGGCUUCCAAAGUCAACUCUUACUGCUGGAACUUCUUCAAGACCACACUGGAAGGAGUUGCCAGUUUGGGCAGCAGAUACGAAUGCGACCUCUUGCCAGCUCAUGCAACACUGGCGGGGAAUCUGCAAGGUGUUGCAGAGCAUGAAGUCUUCAGGGCUAAUGGCGUGGCAUGAUCUAUGCCGUGGCCCCACGGAAAGAAACAUUCACCAGCCUUCUUUGACAGCAACACUCGCUUGCCACGUGGAGGCUUUCCAAAGCCUCGUGGGCGCUCGGGAGUUCGAGGUGGUGCAUCUUGCCCUGCGAGCACUUCGAAUUGCCACUGCCAGGAGGGUGCCAUCCACACUUCGAGGGGAAGGCCAGCUGCCAACAGCAGAUCACUUCAACAGCCUGCUUGCUGCAACACAAAAGGCCAUGGCGGCCACAGGGGCACGCUUUAAGGUGGCCCCUUUGUCUGACCUGGAGAGUGGAAAAGAGUGCUGCUCUCCAUCAAAAGGACCAAGCAGAGACUUCAAAGGCAGACCAUCGGUUGCACCCUUGCAGGUGCCUCGUAUGUCGGAAGUGUGCGGAAAAGGUGGCGUGGAGCGACCGUUCCGCUUGCCCUCUUUGCGACAUGAAGGUCCAGUGGCUGUCAGACGAGAGGGCCUUGAUUGCAACUGGAUGGCGCGUCACACGGGUACAUGA